AUGGACCCGUUUAGUAUUACAGCUAGUGUCGUAGGCAUCGUCGCGCCAACGCUGCACUGCGUACGACACUUGGUCAAGGACCUACAGAACAUUGCCGACGCACCGGAUACCCUGACGGCGCUUACCAACGAUCUUCAAUCCGUGGGCCUUGCUUUCGCUUCGGUGCAGGCCGUUACAGACUCGCAGUGGAAAUCGCUAGGUGAGGCCGUUACAGUUCAGUCGAAGGCUGCAAUAAUUUCCUGUAAAACUUCCUACGAAAGAUUCAAGACAUUUCUCGAACGCUGGACUCGGCACAGCACAGACGGAACGCUCUCACAGGGCCACAUCAAAUCCAUAUCGGAGCAGCUUCAGAACUGCAGUAUCACGCUGACUUCUAUGGCGAGCAUCGCAACUUUCUCCUCUGGCCCAGCAACAGCAACGAGUGGGAAUGCAGAAGCCAUACAAAACAACCACUUUCUCGACGGGUAA